AAUUUGGAUUACAUAAUUUGCUCUAUGCAGUUGCGCAAUAGACCGUAUGAGCCACAUAAAGUUGUAAAACCAAAACAGCGUAAGACGGCAAAGCAGCCACAAAAACUGCAACACACUUCAAAAAAGAGCUCAGAGUUUGUAUCAAAUGUUGCUGUUUCACUGAAGCAAUACCAAUGUAUACAGCUUCAACAGGAAAUACAGGAAUAUUUGUUGAAUAAACUUUGUCAAACAAAGUUGACAACUUGGGAAGAUCGGGAUUUCUUGAGCAUAUCAAAAACUAUUGAAACACUGCUCCGAAAUCCUGCUCCUCAAGGUGAGUCUAUCAUUCUAAUUGGUUCUGCAGGCUCCGGGAAGAAGAUAUUAGUAGAAGAAACCUUGCAAAGGGUGCAAGUAGAUGAAUCAAUACAAAAUUUGAAAGUGAUUCGUUUGUACGGUGCAGUUCAUGCCCUGCGUGAAGGACCUAUGAAGGAGACUCACGUUCAACUCAAAAAUAGCCUACCAAACAAAGAAGUUGAAGAGUCGACACCAGAGGAUGACCUUCUGGAACCAACUUCUGAGGACACUUUGACCACCUAUUUAUUUUUGCUCUAUGACUUUGAAUACUUUAUCAGAGAAAAAAAUCAGUCAUUCAUAUAUCGCAUUUUCGAAUCUUUUCAGAGAAACCGUAUACGCGGAGUUGUUCUUGCCACCUCACAGCAGCAUGAUAUUGUGGACUCUCUGGAAAAAAGAAUCAAGUCUCGAUUUUCACAUCGCAUAUAUUACAUGCCCGCUCUCAACGAUAUCGAAAAAGUCCUCAAGAUUCUCGAGUCACUCCUCUGCAUUGACUGUGAUGCACCUUCAUCUAUAGAAACUAUUAAACAAGCUUUCAAUCAACAGAUAUCCAAAUUCGUUCAAGAUACCGAGUGGAAUCAUAUACUCGAGAAUUUUUUGGGAUUCACUCCAAACGUUUCAUCUUUUCUUAGUCUCGUUUUCUACAUAAUAACCAAUCUAUCAUUGGACGAGUUUGGAGUUCCUAAAUUUGACCUUGAUAUCAUAAGGCAUGGUAGCUGCCAACUCAAACAGAGUGUUGGAAGAAUGCAGAUGCUCAAAAAUCUUUCUGUGUUGGAAGUUGCGCUUUUGUCUUCUCUUUGCCGUCUAACGUGCCGUAGCAUGGAUAAGAAUGAAAAAGAACGAGCCAGCACGAAGUUGGUAGCUUUUUCAUUUGAAAGAAUUUAUCAAGAAUAUCUUAAAAAUGAGUUCAACUCUGAUUCCGCUACCUUUACAACGGACUCUUAUAAACGGCCAAUAGCUUGGAAAGCGUUCAGUCGUAAGAAACAACGAGAAGCUCCUCCACUUGAGAAAACAUUCUUUUCAUAGGUCUCUUGGAUCUCCAACUGAUACGAUUUCAAGAACGACAUAUCGAGGGUAGAAAUGCUAUGGAGCUUCAACCUGCUAUUUUAGUAAUAUCUCCUGAAGAGUUGAGUCAAGUUCUUGAGUGAGUAGCUCAAAAACAAAUAGCCCAGUCCUAAUUCUCAUACUUUGCACAGAGAGCACCCAUAUAUAUCUACUGCCAUGCAAAGAUGGAACAAAACUAGAAAAGCGAUUUAAGGAUACUGGAAUCCUUCUGGUUGUUGCAUAUAAAGCUGUAAAAACCUUGCCAACUCUCCCAUCUCAACGAGAUUCCAAUGUAUUUGUGGCUAUUGAAGCCCAAAUGACGAUGUACAACAUAUCCCUCGAUUUGCUUCAAGUGUAUCUUUGUCAAUUUGCUGUCCUGUUUGGUAUUGAGGCUUUUCUUCUCUUCCAAAGUAUCCAUUGUUUUCUUGGACGCAAGAGUGUUUUAUACAGAUAAUAUCCUGCAUAUGCGAGACUCUUUUGUAAUUUCU